ACUUCUUCUCGAUUCCUCUCUUCUCGGCCGCCAUUAGCGAGCUUCGUGGAUUUCGCUCGAAGGUUCUCGAUGGGCCUCUUGGAUAAGCUUUGGGACGACACCGUCGCCGGUCCUCAGCCGGACACCGGUCUCAGCAAGCUCCGAAAGCCAGCAUCCUUCUCGAUCCGUUCGAUCUCCGGCAAAGAAGAACAAGUGGAUGAGCCAAGGGUGACGAGAUCUAUAAUGAUAAAGAAACCGGCGGGUUCGCCGUCGACGGGGAACGGAACCCCUCCAACGUCGCCCGCUGGAAGCACUCCUCCGGUAUCCCCCUUCUCUGGAGGAAAACAAUGGAACCGUUUUAGGAGGAAGUCAUCAUCGGAUGCAUAUGAACGAGGAGCAGUGGUGGAUGUCGGACCUAGGAAUCCCCCUCCUCCUUAUGAGAAUUGAGCUCAUUUGAAUUCCUCCUCACAUUUUCUUCAUAAGAGAACAACAUCUAGAGGAAGAAUAUAAACUCAAGAAGUGAGACAGUGAGAUAGUAAGAUAGUGAGUCAGUGAGAUUGUGAGGAGGGAGUUUUUCCUUUUGUGCAUCAGUUUAUGGUUUGUGUGAUUGUUAGAUAUUGCAAGUUAGGAUGUAAUAUAAUGUUAAUGGGGUGGGCAGUUGGAGGCUGAGAGGUUUGUGUUUGUUGUUAUUGUACAUAUGGGUCUGCUCUUGGUUGUGUGUGUUAAGACUUAAGUAGUGUUUGUUGUGGGUGUUAGUUUGUCAUGAUGCUACUUUAAUGUAUAUGCAAGUGAAUGGAGUUGGUUUUUCCAGAUUGUAAA